AUAUCAAUUCAUUGAUGGAGCGCGAGAGAGAGCUCCAUUCCGAUGCUCUGAAGAGGGGGCCUCCUCUGGUUCCAUGCGCAUUGGCUCAAUUCAAUGGUGGCGCUGCUCUAAAUGCUUUCAAAGUCCCGCAAACGGCAAACCCGUUUGAACUGUCUACGCGAACGGUUGUGUUUUGCGUUUGAUUGCGAAGCGCGAAGCUGUCGUAGGUACCCACUUGUGUGUUAUUAUUUCGCGAAGUUCCCGUUGCCGUGGUGACUGCACGGCGAGAAACAUUUGACCGUCGCGGGCGUAGAUUGUCUUGUGGUGGUAGUGCCCGUAUCUGUGGUGGAACUUUAAGUCCCGUACCCAUACCCGCGAGUUGACAACUUUUGUGUGAGUCUUUGUCCAAGCAAACGAGACUAGUGGAUUGCGAAGAAUAUAAACAGAUAUUAAGCAGGUAGAUCUGGCUUAACUGGAGAUGUACGAUGUUCAGGCUACCUGCAUGUUUGCGUGCAUGGCAGAUAAGCUGAAAAGGUUGAAUCUACACGGUGUGAGUGCUUGCGUACGCGUGUAAUGUUUUGACGAAAUGCCGAGGUGCCUGUAGUUAUUGGGGCGUGUGGGAAUUGUGCAAUUGUCGCCUAAGAAUCGUAAGAUCUUCGAAUGAAACUACCCUCGUACGAAGAGUCCUGAUCGAUCCAAGGAACCUUGUGUUGUAGGAUUACAGCCCUCUACCACUACACAAGUUGCCGAGCGUGCUUCGAUGAGGAAGUGAAACUUGCUGACCUAGUGUUUACGCGGUGUAUCGUCGAGGCCUGCUGAGUGAUUGACCUGCGAUCGAGUUCGGGACAUUUUGUGAUCGUUCCGAAUAAGCGACGAACCUGGUAUUCGUUAUCAGUGCUCAAUCUAUAAAAAAUAUUUUAGUGCUAACAUACUGACGAGGGAGCAUUGGACUACCAGUGGAUAUUCUGUGACAAGUUAAUGACUAGCGGAUGUCGAUUGUUGACGCUUUGUACACUCUACACUUGUAUGAAAAAUUGCCGAACCAAGUUUGGAGUUGAAAUGCAAAACAGUGUGUGACCAAAAUUGAAAAUAUUUUUGCGAUUAAUCAUUACAACAGACCAGUGUCGUAGUUUAGGUCGUCGCUCACUUAGUAUAUGUACAAGUCAUUAAGGCCAAAUCCUAUCUACCAAACAGUACGUAACCACAUAAAUUUGUGUCUCGGUUUGAUGCAGUGAAGGAAUUUUGAAAUCCAUCGUCUUCGAGGGAACGAAGCAGAAAUUGACAGAAAAGAAGCCCAAAAGUGAAGGCACAUGAUUAUAGUGGCACUAACAGCAAAUACAUUCACAUAAUACAUACAACCCAAAGAAGGUGCUCUGCUAGUUGUGGCUUUUGGUUGAAGUUUUUCGUGCCCAUCUUCAUCAUCGAACGUCAAGAGUGUAAAGAAGGCAGUGUGUGUUAUUUUCGGCAGACCUAGACUUUGUUGUUGUUUUGCGAGGAGUUUUCGUUACUGGAUGCCACAAGAGGAAAACUUUCAGCUGAACUUUACGCUAUUUUAAGACGAAAAAGGAAACUCAUAUGUAAACUUCGCAUCGUUGUGUUCACGACAUCUUCGAUCGUGACUCGAAAAUGAGAGCAAAUAUAUCCAUCGGCAUCGAUAAUAAAAGCAUUACCAGCGCCAACAGCAACUGAUCGAUCCAUCCACGUCGGAAGAUGUGAUACACAGCAUCUCAAAGCCGGAGAAAUGAACGAAAGAGGCACCGACAGCCUAUACCGAUCACUUUCAUUGAAAUAGUUCCGAAUAACCCCCAGUGUUCAAAACUUCUUUUACUCAGCAAAACACUACUUUUUCUUCCUACGAAACUUUCCCAAUCUACUGGGAAUCAUCCCUCAUAGGGACACCAUGCGACGAAAUGUGCAAAAUGGCAUGGCCUCCCUUCGGUUAGGACCCUGUCGAAGUGGUAGCAAUAGUCGAAAAAGGACAUUAGCUUCUACUUUGGUAGGAGUCCUGGCAGUUGGGUUGCUCUUUGUGGUCACAGUUCCCGUUCAGGGAGGUGUCAUUGUAAAACGGGAAACGGAAGACCUACCCACCGUUGCACCCUCAGUCGCCGAAUCUGCUGAAUCUUCCACUUCGGUACCCACCACUCGAACAGUAGAAUUCGAAACCGACCAAGAGGUCACACCUCGAGUGAUAGAAUACGGCUAUGAUAACGAAAAGGAUGCAUCUUCAGAGCAAGCCACGGUGGCCGAGCUGAAGCAAGUCUUCGAAACGACAGAACCAACCGAAAUUGCACCCGUUGCGAUAACGGUGGCUCCUUCGGUGGCAGCCCCAAAAGCACCUUCCACUAGACCGGAUGCUCCAACGACCGUGGUGGCACCUACCAGAGACGCUUCGGUUUCAUCCACCGAAUCCGGUGAACAGAAGACCGCUCGUCUCAGGCUGGAGGAACAGCAAGAUACUGUAACGGAACCCCCGGCGGAACAAGUCGAAACGCUUAAUGUCGAAGCGACGACGGAAGUACCGGCCAGUGAGACCACGACAACCAGCAGUGUCGAGCAAGAAUCUGAUCGCGCAGAUAUUCAACCAGUCGUGGAAGAUGUACAGGAGGAUACCGAGAUGCCACGAUUCGAUAUCAAUAGGUACUCGUCCCCGUCAAACUUCUCGCGAGGAGGCAUAUCGCUCGAAGAAGCACGGAUCGAGAGGGAGCUAUUCUUUGCCGACAAAUCUGCACCUACAACGGAAUCACCGAACUUCUGGGAAACGACAACCUCGCUGGAAUCACUGGUGGACAGUGAAGAAAGCGCACAGUUGGUGACCGAAUCCAACGAAGUUGUCGUUAUACCGGAAGCGUUGGUCGAACGAAAUCAUACGAUCGAAAGCAACCGAACUUUGUUGGCGGAAAAACUAGAGAUCGAGAGCAAUGAUUACGAGCUGGUCUCCAAUGAAGUUCGUGGCCAGAAUCAGACCAACUCAACGGGGAAGGCUAAGAAGGGCAAAUUCUUGGACCAGUUCGGAGCAACCGAGGACAACGACAUCAAUGGCGCGGCUUGGGCUUUGGCCAGUAUGAGAAUCGUCGAUCGGUCUUCUAGCAAAGUUGGGCAAGCAAGUGGGGAAAGCGUGGAUGUUAUUCGGGACGAAAACGAGAAUGCCGUUGCUAACAAUACUCUGAAACAGCUAACGGAUUGGGCUUUAAUCAUGCAAGACGCUGACUUUGCAAAUAGUUCUUUUGUUCAACCUACCAUUUCGGAGCCUGAAAUUGAGCUGAAGAAUGAAAUUAAGGAUAGGCGCAAGUAUGCUAAUAAGACUCCAUCGGAUGUGGACGCUCUUAGUGAAGAGAACAGAAUUACUUCCGUCGUAACGGACAUUGUCCCAGAAGCUGCUGAAGAGACUACAACUGCCAUACCUAGUGCAAAGAUAAUAGUAGAAGCAACUGCUACCACAGAAGCAGAGGAUGAUGAUCUGGAGGAUUUCAAAUUUGAAGAUCGAAGCAAGGUCCCGACUGAUUCGACUAAGCGAUCCGAACUGACUAAUUUCAUCCAGGAGACGACCACCGCGUUUAAUGUGAAAACUGAACAGGUUGUGACUACCAUGCGUCCCACUCGUGGUUAUGAAGUUAAUGAAAACAUCGAUGAAAGCGAAAGCUUCGCCCUUCCUGGUAAACCUACUACCACUGCAAAGUAUGAAUCUAGCACCACAAUUGACGACAUGUCAGUUACUACCUACUCACCUGCAUCUCCUAUCAUGAAAAAGACUGAACUCACAACAGAAGCCAUUGAGCUUACCACAUUUGAAUCGAUGCGUCCAACUAGAAGGCCUAUCACCACCACCCAAGAACCGAUCACGACCAAUUCAGUUCGAACCAUCGAAGAGACCACUCCUCAGUUAACAACCACCAUGACCACAUCCACUAGCACUUCGCCUCCGCCCAUAAAAGAAGUAACCGAUUCUCAAUCAGAUGAACAGAUUUCAUCAGAAGUUGACCCUAACGCAAUCAACCAAACCAACGAAGAGCUCUCAUCUAUGACCACUACUACCACAGCAGCACCCACUACGCUAUCUAUCCGCAACGCAACCGAUCAAUUCAUGUCUCAGCCGUCCACUAUACAUCCAACUUUUGUUGAAUUCCGUCCAACUGCCGGCACCACUGACAAAGUAGAUUUCUCCACCGAAUCCGCCGAAGAGCCAACCAUCCCCAAUCAGCCGGUUCUCAUUGACGACAAGAACGUCUACAACACCCUACCGGAGGGUACUCGUCGACCGGAACCAUCCGCCGCACCGGAACCGGAACCAGCCGCCACAACGCGCCGGUCGAUCGAACGCCAGAUGACUACUACCUCUGAACUGUCCGAGGAGGAAUCCGUCACCGAAGAAGACUACGUCGAGCUGAAUAACAACGGUAGCGGUUCGUCGUCUCGAUCGCCACUGGACCAGGACCAGACAUCGUCUUCGCAGAUGCCACCACAGCAGGAAGAGGAGGAAGGCAGCAGCGUGGUCGUAGCCGUCGUGGCCAGUCUGGUCAGCGUGAUCGUUGUGCUGCUGUUGGUUGCGGCGUUUUUGUACUAUCCGCAAUUGCAGUUGAUCUUCCGCAAGCGACAGGCACAGGUCUCCUACGGGCAACGAUGUCGCCCGGUCGGACUGGACGCCUAUAGUCUGGACAACGUUUCCGUGUACAACAGUGUCCGCCGCAAGGGAAACACGAUGCGGAUGUCGAAGCGCUCCUACGGAAACUCGGCCUUCGAAGAUCCGGGACUCAAGACGAACCCGCUGACGGUGGCCGAGCUGGCCAAUAUCAUACAGAACAAGACGGCUAUCUACGACGAGUUCAAGGAGAUCCCGAACAUAACGGCCCGGGCCGAUGAAGUGCCCGAGGGAUGUGAAGAAAAGAAUCGAUACGCGAAUGUCGUACCACUUCCGGAGACGAGAGUCCAUUUGAAGCGAAUCAACGACGAUGAAAAGACUGAAUACAUCAAUGCAAACUUCGUCAAGGGCCCCAAGGACAACAACAACUACUACAUCGCCUGCCAGGCACCGAUGGAGAACACAAUCAACGACUUUUGGCGCAUGAUCUGGGAACAGAACUCCAAGGUUAUCAUCAUGGCGACAGAUUUGAGCGAGAGUGGCGUCGAGAAGUGUGCCGAGUACCUGCCGCCAUCGGUCGUACUGGACAACAACCGAACUUUCGGUGACUUCCAGCUGACGCUUAAGAAUCGCGAAAACAAGGAAAAGUACACCAUCUCGACAGUCCAUCUGCGCAACACGCAGACGAACACGUGGCGCGAGAUCAUGCACUUCUGGUAUCAGUGGCCGGACACCGGUGUGCCGAUUGAUGAGUCCUCGAUCAUAGCGAUGCUGCUGGAGGCUCGUAGUUACUCUCGGCUAGCACCGGGUGAGCUAGCUGAGGCUCCUACCACCAACAACACAAGCAGCAACAACACCCCCGCCAACAAUACAGUCAUCACCAGCAAUGGCAUCAACGGCGGUAUAACCAGUAUCGCCGAGGAGCCCACGUCAGUGGAUACCAACGAGUCUAGCACUGUAGCGAUAGGUAACAAUAAUGUAGAUAGUUCCAAUAACAACAACAACACGCUGGGUAAGGCCACCACGGAUGGGGCUCCGCCAAGCAGCCUGAUGAGCAAUGGAGGCACAAUGGACAAACACAAAUCGCUACAGCGAACUCAGGGACCAAUCACGGUGCACUGUUCACCGGGAACCGGACGCACCGGAACGAUCGUCGCAUGCGACGUGGCACUGCGGGCGGUCGAGAUUCCACCACGGACGGUGGACAUUCCUCACAUCGUGUACUACGUCCGGCGCGGACGGGCCAGUGCGGUGAGAACACGAGAGCAGUACGAGUUGAUCUAUCGGGUUGCCAACGUGUACGCUACCAAGCUGACGGGGCCGACGAUAGAAACAUGAGAACGACUCAUUUAAAAUCAAGUAUUGUGAGUACAUUCGAACGACGACAAACAACGGUAGUCAGCAGUGACUGCACCCACGGACGGUCAGUCCCCCGUCUACUAUUGGCGUUAGUGAAAUUAGCAGUAGGAAAAGUGCAAUCAAUGAUGGUCAUAGCAACUGCAGCCAAAGCAUAAAUUAUUCAUAGGAGAUACGACUGAACUCCAGGCAAAAUUAGCGCAUAAUCGUACCGGAUCGGAUUCGAUUCGGUAAUACUCAUAUCUCUGGACUCUUACGAAGCAAUACGUAUUUCUAUUCCUAAAUUUCCCCGAGCAUUUUAGCGCUGUGACAUUUUUGUUUACAUAAAAUUCGAUUCUUCUUGAUAAUUCUUGAGAAAUAUCCAGCAGCUUCAACUUCCUGCAACCAAUAGUCUACCAGAACACCAAUCAGCACAACCUAAACCACCAAUCACGAAAGGAGUCGAAUGGCGGGAGGUUGGUCGCAACUUAGUCUUGUCUCUUUUGUCCAACGCUGGCAGGGUUCUGAUCGUUGCGAAUCUUCGCAAUGACAGGCCUCUGUCGACGUCAUGGGCAUAAGCGACGUGUCGAUCCAACCAGAAACUCAUAAUACUUGAUUUUAAUCUCUAGUGGGAUAGAGACUAAAAUUAUCGACAAAAAAAUGAUACAAAACAAGAUGGCGUAACGUGGCUACUUCCCUUAGGAAGAAGAGACAAACGCAAAUGAGAAUCCUUUUGUAAAGUUUAUAGGCAAAUCUUCCCUGAAACGUAUACCUAACAAAACACGUACUACUACUACUACUGAAGCGUACAAUUAUCAGUAUGUUUCCCUCACGAGAUUGCACUGUUCAUUUCAGCACUCCCCCACUUUCGCGGGACAAGAAUCCUAUAGAACUAGAUUGUUAGAUAGAUUUAUAGACGCUAUGUUUUCUAUUUAGUUAUUCGAAGACAAUACAAAUGUUCGUUCGUUGAAUUGGCGAUCUUACUGGCCAAUUUUUCCUCUAAUCGAUAGAAAAUGACUGCUCCCAGACAAGACUCGUAGCAUAAUGAAAGAGGUAAUGGGAAAUGGCGGCACGUAGUUGAGUUUGGGCCUUAUCAAUUAACACGGGAGUUUAAGACACGAACAUAUUGUACCUUUUUUUGGUUUUCUUUAUUCGGAUAGGAUAGCGACUUAGUUUAAUUAGGACGAGACCCAAGAAGUUGAAAUGAUCAAAAUUACGCAUUCAGUUUUGGAGCAAACUAGCUCUUUACUAACAAUAAAGUAAAAAAUAGACGAUUUUGAUCAAUUCUAACUUCCGGGGAACAAAAAAGAAAACUGAACGUACGGGUCUGAUUCAGAAGUACGUUAAAAACAUUGCAAUAUUAGCGUAAGGUGAUUAGCUACAAAACAUUACUACGUAAGAGCCACAAAACAAUAAGCAAUGCGAAAUUCGUCGAAAGAAAGAGAAAAGGAAGUGUCAUAUCGUAUGGGUUGGUUUGUUUUUUCGUCCGUGGUGCUACGAAUGCUAAAUAUGUAUUAUCUAAGUACAUACUAAAUUGCAAUUACGACGCUCGCUACGUUAAAUACUUGAUUAUUCUUAAAACACCCGCAUCCACACACUCAUUCAUACGCAUAAAACACUUGUAUAGAGAAUUGUGAUAAUUUAUAUUUAGAGAUUUCCUACCAAGUGGAUAUUUUCCUUUAAAAAUAUUAGCAAAAGGGCAAAACAGGCUUUAGCAUCGGUUUGAGUUCACGUAAAUCUAAAAGCACAUUCACGUGCAGUAGGUGUACUAUUUAUAUACUCUCAUAUAAUUUAAGGCAAAUGUUAUAAACAAACUGGACUGGACUGAGAAUCUAGAACUAUAGAGUUAAAAUCAGAUUUCGGGAUGUUAGGGCGAAGUGGUAUUCCAGCUAGCUACCUAUAUUUACAAAGGCAGUUUCAAUGAGCAGCGGCUUUGCGUUAGAGAGCGUACCAAGAUUACGGUAGUGCAUACCGCUACCAGAAAGUCACACGUGCACUUUGAAGGCACAUACCGUCACGUA